ACAAAAAAGAAUUGUUUUGGCUACACUGGUUAGCGUCGGCGUGUAAUUGCCGUGGCGGAAAGUGGACAAUUUGCUUCAGCAAAUUGACUCCGUCGCAGAGACAAGAAUGGUGUACUACGGCAGAAUUACCCCGUCGCAUAAAUCAUAUUUUUAUACGACGGCAGAACUUCCCCGUCGAAUAAAUCAUAAUUGUACACUACAGCAAAACUACCCCGUCGCAUUUUUUGAUAUCAAUUGCUACCCCAAGUCUCUGCCGUCGGGUUCUAAACUCUAUGUUAGAUUGCAAAAGAGAAUCAAAUCAUAAACAGAAAAAUAGUCGAGCAGUUUUUCUUUGGGUGACGCCUUCUCUGUUGAAUUUCUGCUCUCUACGUGCUUCUUUCUUUCUUUCAUCAGAUCUAUGAUCGAUGAACUAUCUAGCGUUUGGGUACUCGAAUCCAAAAGUCCCAACUACAUCUUCUUUCUCUGUAGUCUCUUGGUCACCCAUUCGUUCAACCCUAGAUCUCGUCGUUUCAAUGAAAUCGUUCACAGUUCGAGGCUCGUCUCUGAGAUGCUUCACGAGCAUUUGUUUCUGGAAACGUUACAGAAACCCAAGGGAGAUCCCAUGGGGUCAGUUUGGUGCCGAUAUUGUUGUGGAGUCUACUGGAGUGUUCACUGACAAGGACAAAGCCACUGCGCACUUGAAGUGACUGCAGGUUAUGUGUGUCAAGGAUAGUUUUGGUUGUUUUGGCCGAAUUAACACAAGAUAUGUUUCUAAGGGCCUUCUAAUGCCUAGAUCGUAAUGUUUAUUGGUAUCUUAACUAAGGUGAGCUGUGGUUUUUUAAAUGAAAUUUUGAGGCAUAACUUUUACAUAAUCAUAUACUGCUAGAAGUCCUAGUACUAUGUAACUUAUACAUAGACAUGAAGCUAUUGUUAGGACAACCUUUCUGUUUUGCCUAUAGUUGAUAUCAAGACAACUUAACUUUUUAGCACCUCUCAUUCUUCAUGAACUUGACACGGGGACAUGGUAUCUAGUUUCACCAUACUGAUUACUAUAAUUCUUCUUUGACAGGUGCUUGUGCCUUAUGAAGUUUUUAUUUCAGCUCAGGACCGACAAGGUUAAUAUUGAACUCUAGAUGUUAAACAUAUAUGUUUUUUGGUCUCUUGUAUCUGUUUCAGACUGUAGCCUGCUAUAUAUUUAGAAGCUACACUUUCAGUUUCUUAAGUAAAAGUUGCUUUAAGGUUUGCUAGUAGAUUAUGAUUAUAUGUCUGCAAUAGGACCCCAAAUCAUUAGCUGUAGCUUAUGUUAUAGAUAAUGUUUGUGCAACUAUGUGGUUUAACUGCUAUAUAUGCUAGCUUCCAGUACUGUGAUGUAAAUUAGGUGUUGGUGGAGGUUCUUGAGCUCAUGUUCUUUUAAUUGUGUUUAUAGGAUCUAUCUCAAGCAGAGUAAGUGACUCCUAUGAUAUGGUUAUGAUUUCCAAGAUAAUUUUAAAUCAGUUUGCUUAUUGUGUUAUUAUUCUGUUUUCAGUUUAU